CACUUAUUUCGUCAUGAGAUGCAUUCAUUUUUGGCCAAGAUCUCUUAUUUAACAAUGGGAAAGUAAAACCGCUCCGUAAAGUCACAUCCCAAAGUCUUUCAAUGGGGUUAAGCUCAGGCCUCUGUGAUGGGCGAUUCGUACAUGAAAACGAUUCCUCAUGCUCAGGAAAACACUAUUUUACAAUUUGGUUCCAAUGAAUCUUGACGUGGGCACAUCUGACAAGGACUGCUCAUCUGGACUUAGGUUUCUGGCUCAUUGCCACCUCUCCGUCCUCUAUUGUGUUCUCGUACUCAAGUAAAUGAAAAAAAAGAAAUAAAAAAGUUGUGUGCAUAUGCUGAAAGCCUGUGAACUUGUUCUUGGUGGCAUGUUUUCUUCAGUGUGAUACCUUAAUUGCCUUUAAAAAAAAAAUGCAGGAGAGACGACUGGCCAAUGGAUGCGAGUGAGGUCAUGGGCUGAGUAUGUUUUUGCCGUUUUCGCACGCUUUACACAUCCGCCUUGGACAUGCAGAUGGCAUAUUUUCGAUCUAAUGACCCCAGGUAUGCCAAACCCAUAAAGUCCCGACAGUUUUCUCCACAUGACUCAAGAACUCGGCAUGAGGACGGGCUCUAAAUGUCUGCACAUGAGUAUCCAUAUUGAUUCCUGAUGUUUCGUUCGUUCAGAUGUCUCCUCCCUUCGAGUCAGACCCCAGGACUGCAUUUCAUCCAGCUCCAAGAUUUUCGACCGCAAUAAAUCAUAAGUUUGCAAAAAGUUGGCCAUUUUAAUAUAAGGUGUUUCCUCUCUUCAGCAUUCGACGUCGGACGCAUACAUCACCGUGGACUGCUGUUUUUAAUCUCGUUUCUUCGAAUAUAAGAAGAAUGAGUUUUUUCUUAAUUACAGAGAUCUCUGCCGUUGCAAAUUCUCGAGCGAACGCGGGCGACGGGCUCGAAAUUGCAGCGUUUAUGCUACGCGUCGCACCAGCACUUGCGCAGCUCAACGUGUUAAUUGAAGAGAGUUGUGCGUUUCUCAACAGCGAGGGGAGAUGCUACGACUGUGAAAACAGCACACGAGGGGGGGAGCGAGGGAGAUUGUGGGUGUGUUAGCGCGUGAGAGAAAAAAUAGGGGAAGGGAGGGAGAGAGGAGAGAAAUAAAAACAGCACAAGAGGACAGCAGGCAGCACGGAGGAAAAAAUCCCUCUGAGGUUCCACCAUGUUCCUGCAGACUGUCUCCAUCCUCUUCCUCUCGGCCGUCCUCUUCGGCUGCCUGGAAGGGAAGGGUGUGCAAAUGCAACGAGAUGUUCAGUGCUGCAUGCAGUACUCUCACGGCAAAGUCCGGACCAAAGACGUCCUGAGGUAUGAGAGGCAGACGGAGGGGCCGGAUUGCAGCAUAAGAGCCAUCAUAUUGUACACCAAAAAGGCGGUGAAGUGCGCCGAUCCAAGGGACAGGAAGGUGAAGAGGUUACUACGGAAACUGAACCAGAGGAUGGGAGCCAAAUCCCGCAGGACCAUGUGGCUACAUCCGCAUAUGAAUCUGCCCGUCAUGUCGGAGGUCGCCGUUGUUAACUCCCAAAAGAUGAACAAGGUAAACAAGAAUCGGCAGGAUGCCAUUUCGGUGCAACAGUUCUGAAAGUAAAAAUCCCAUUCUUAUUUCCCUUGGAUGAACUGAUUUCUAGCUUUAAUGUAUAAACCCGACAGACCUACCAUAAGUUUAGAGGUUAAGGAAUGUUGUAUGAUUCUGCAUACAGAAACAAUCAAUAUGAUUUUAACUUAAUAUGAAACAAAAUUUGUGUUCAAUUUGGUUCCCGGGUGAAGAACUACACUAGUCAGUUAUAUUCGCUGUUACCAUGGAAACAGACAUUUCAACCAAUCAAAAGACUUCGAAAUGAGAAUAUAAACGUGGAUUUAUAAAUUAUUCUGGCCUAGACUGUAUGUAUAUAUAUAAUGACCAAUAUAAAAUUGAAGACAACUCAAGCAGAUAUAUUUUUUCGAAAUAUUAGUAAAAUAUAAAAUGUCCAAAAUCAGUCUAUAUGAUACUGCGCGUCAAUAGUUGUAAAAGGCUUAAUCAAAUUUAAAUUAUCUAAAAUUUCUAUAUGUUUCAUACGCUAUUUUGUAAUACACUGCAAACAUAAGCUAUUUAUAUUAAGAACUUUUUAUAUUGUUUCUGAUUCGUUUAUACAAUUCGUAAAGCUUCAUAAGAUUGGCUUCCAAAUUUUAUUAUCUAGAUGCAAGCCUAUUCGGUUCAUUUUACGCUUUCAUGUCUUUGUAAUCUUAGUGAAUACUGAUAUAACCACGCUUCCUUUCCUU